UAUUAUUAUCAUUUAUCAGUAAAAGAAUAGUUUGGAGGAGCAAAAUUGAUCGAGAGAGAGAGAGAUGGUGUUGUCACGGCGAUUCGCACAAGUGUCGAGUGACGAAGAAGAAGAGGAAGUAGCGGCAACAAGGUCCAAGGGAGGGAAGCCGAGGAGCCCUGAGGAGGGGAAGCGGAGGAAGCGUAAGACGGUGAAGCUGUACGAAGAUUUCGAAGACGACAAGGAAACGGAGGAAGAAGAAGAAGAAGAAGAGGAGGAGAAGCCCGAUGACGCGAGCCCGGUUGGUGAAUCCGUUAAGAUUACGGGUAAAGGCAAAGGGAGAAGAACCCAUUUCUUGCAAUUCGAUUACGACGGCAACACAUACAAUCUGGAGGAUCCGGUGCUGUUGGUCCCAGAAGACAAAAGCCAAAAGCCAUAUGUUGCCAUUAUCAAGGAUAUUACUCAAACAAAAGAUGGAAGCAUGAUGAUUCUGGGACAGUGGUUUUAUCGCCCUGAAGAAGCGGAGAAAAAGGGUGGUGGCAACUGGCUAUCUAGUGAUACCCGAGAACUUUUCUACAGUUUCCAUCGUGAUGAGGUCCCAGCUGAGUCAGUUAUGCACAGAUGCGUUGUCUACUUUGUCCCCGCCCAUAAGCAGCUUCCUAAACGCAAAGUUAACCCUGGUUUUGUCGUCCGCAAGGUCUAUGAUACUGUCGAAAAGAAGCUCUGGAAGCUGACCGAUAAGGAUUACGAGGAUACUAAACAACAUGAAAUUGACCUCCUUGUUGACAAGUCUAUGUCGCGAUUGGGUGAUCUUCCUGACCUUGAACCUGAGGUACUGCAUCCUGAUCUUGAGUCUCUCUUGAAGGCUAAGAGAUCUUCCCGCAAAGUUAACAUACCUCCUGUUGACGUUAGAAAGGAGGAAGAUGCCUUUCUUAAACCUGAGACCCCUGGAAGCGCUAUUUCCUCCGAGUAUCAUUCCAUCUUACAGAAGUUUAACUCACUAACAGGUGAUGCUCAUCGUGACAAGUGUUUGGCAAAGCUUCUGGAAGCAGUCCAGAACAUUUGCUACACCGCUGCCGAUGAAACAAAGGUGGCUUCAGAUCUUGAACAGGGUGAGAAAGAUGCAAAGACUGAAAAUGGAGCUCACGAUAAUCCAUUAAAGGAUGAGAGCUUUCUCUGGCCAGAUGCUGCUGUUCCUCCGGUGUGUGCUCUUGAGCUGGCUUUACAUGUUUCUCUUGCAUCGGAUUACCACAAAUACAAUCAAAGGAUGAGGGCACUGGUUUUCAAUCUCAAGAACACUGCACUGCUGGCUAGACGACUGCUCAAUGGCGAGUUAGAACCAGCCAAGAUUUUGAGCAUGUCACCCACUGAGUUAAAGGAGGGUCUAACUGCUGAGGAAACGGAGAAGAAUGAGCCUGAUGAUGCGGAAAAAAUGCAGAUGACUGAUGCAAGAUGCUCAAGAUGCAGUCAAAUUAAAGUUGGCCUGAGGGAUAUCAUCCAAGCUGGGCAUGGAGAUCGCUAUCAGCUGGAGUGUAUUGCCUGUGGCCAUUCCUGGUAUGCAUCAAGGGAUGAGGUAUCAACUCUGACUAUAGACUCUGAAAAACCUGCACAAGGCACAGAGAGUGAGGACGUUGAGAAGAAUUUGACCAGUCCUCGUGAAGCUGAGAAGAAAGCGAAACAAGACGAAUCCUUGAAGACGACUAAUGACUCAAACGUUAACAACAAUCCUGAGACCACCAAGAAACCAGAGUAAAAAUAGAUGUCUAAAGGUUGGAAACUUUCAACCGUAUGUUUAAGGUUUCGGGUAUGGAAUGGAACAGGGUUUCAAGUUAACAUCUUUGCUAUAUCAAUUGUCAAUAGAUUUCUCUGGUGCACCAUCUCCUUUUUGCGUCUUUGUUAACAAGUGUCUCUUAUGUUUGUCCA